AAAACCUGUUUACUGCUUGUCGCUACCAUUUCAUAGUUGUUUUCCGCAUAGAAAUAUAUAAUAAAUUACUCGUGCAAAAUGUUCACGUUAUUUUACGUUUUAUCUUUGGCAAUUGCCUGCAGUGCAGUGUCCGUUGAUGUGAGUGACGCAACGAACAGAAUUGCAAACGGGGCAGUUGCAGCGAAUCUUCAAUUCCCAUACGCGGUUUCCAUACAACGUAUCGCAAAUAAUACACAAGUAUCCACCAGAGGGCACAGGUGCGGGGGAGCGCUCGUCACCUUACAGCACGUAUUAACAGCGGCUUCGUGCAUGUUUGAGUGGAACGCUGAUGGAACGCGAACCCCCAUCACCAUUGGCAACUACAGGGUGUUUGCCGGCGCGUAUUUACUGUCCAACGAUACUGCGACUGAAAGAGUCAGGAAUAUUGCUCAGUACGUCGUGCAUCCAAACUACCUCGGCAUACCGUCUUAUGUUGGAGACCUGGCUGUUGUGACUCUAAGUACAGCUUUCGCAAGUUCAACUGCGACCCCCCUGUCCUUGCCCGCCAACAAUUACAACCCCGCUGACUUUACCGAUUGCGUGGUUGCGGGCUGGGGUGCUGCUACCGCUGCAUCUCAAACCGGGGCCAACGUUGAGCAGAAAUACGCUAAUAAAUAUAUAUACAAUCAGCAAGAGUGCACUUCAGUCUACAAUGCCCUGCAAGGCUUACCGAACAUUUUACCUACUAUGGUGUGCGCAGUGUCUUAUGACAUAGUUUCUUCAAGUUGCCACGGUGACGAAGGAAACGCCCUAGUAUGUGGCAAUACGUUGACGGGUAUCCUUGCAUUGCACAGCAACUGUGCGGCCACCUCCUAUCCUGAGAUCUACACCAGGGUCUCCAACUACACCGAUUGGGUCAGACCAAUAGUUUCCUUGGCCAACUCUUUUACAUCUGGCGCUUCAGUUCUUUUACUCCUCACUUUGAUUCAGAUGACCUUUGCCAAUCUCCUGAGCUAAAUAGAUUAGUUACAGGAGGAGGUACAUUAAGUAUUUUAUGCCAUAUUGGCAAACAGGUCUGUUAGUAUUUAUUGUUUGUAAAUGUAACGUUAUCAAUUAGGAUUAUACUUUUAGACUCACUCAGUCAGCUAUCAAGUGUUAUCUGCUAAUUACUUCGAUAUUAUCGACGGUUUCCCUUUGUUAUUGAAAUAGCAAAAAGACAAAUCAAUGUAAAAGUAGCGGUGCAUACGUAACACGUCACACGUUUUUAAUAACACGGGAAGAUCUACAUCGUUACAUAUAAUAAAUAUAUAUUUGACGAUAAA